UAGUUUGUUCAGGCCCAGCGCGAAGUGAGCUGCUUUGGGUUGCCUCUUCCGAGAGGGACGUUCUGAGUGAGGCGCUGCUUAGACCUUCGUGCUUGCUCUUGAUUCAUCCCCCUAUGAUGAACGGGGUGGCGUCGUUUUCAUAUUGCAUUUUGGACAUUUGACAAAAAAUAACUUCAGCGCCGCCGAGGAAGAACGAGAAAAACAGCAGCCCCGAAGCAACGCCAUGGAGCUGGCUCUUUCUAGGGACCAGCCUUCUAAAGCUAUCAAACCAAUAGACCAGAAAUCUGUCCAUCGCAUUUGUUCAGGACAGGUGGUGCUGAAUCUGUGUACUGCGGUGAAAGAACUGGUGGAAAAUAGCAUCGAUGCUGGUGCUACUAGCGUCGAAGUGAAACUUAAAGAUUAUGGAGCAGACCUUAUUGAAGUUUCUGAUAACGGUUGUGGUGUAGAAGAAGAGAACUUCGCAGGCUUGACUCUGAAACACUAUACUUCUAAGAUACAAGACUUUUCUGACCUUACACGUGUUGAAACGUUUGGCUUUCGAGGUGAAGCUCUGAGUUCCCUGUGUGCAUUGAGUGAAGUUUCCAUCAUUACUUGUCACAAAUCUGCAAAGGUUGGCACACGCUUGGUAUUUGACCACAGUGGGAAAAUCACUCUGAGGACUCCCUGCCCACGACAACAGGGGACGACUGUCAGUGUGCAGCAGUUAUUUUAUACCUUGCCGGUACGACAUAAAGAAUUUCAGCGCAACAUUAAGAAGGAGUAUGCAAAAAUGGUUCACGUGUUACAAGCAUACUGUAUCAUUUCAACAGGAGUCCGUAUUAACUGCACCAAUCAGGUUGGCCAAGGGAAGAAGCAAGCUGUGGUGUGCACCAGUGGGAGCUCAAACUUAAAAGAAAAUAUUGGAGCAAUAUUUGGACAAAAGCAGGUGCAGAGCUUGGUUCCUUUCGUUCAGCUACCCCCUAGUGAUGCUGUCUGUGAAGAAUAUGGCCUGAAUGUUUCUGAUAUGCCAGACAAUUUUUAUACUAUCACAGGCUUUGUUUCCCGUUGCGAUCAUGGUGUCGGGAGAAGUACCACAGACAGGCAGUUCUUCUUUAUCAACCAGCGGCCCUGUGAUGCAGGCAAGGUUUCCAAAGUUGUGAAUGAAGUAUACCACAUGUACAACAGACACCAGUAUCCGUUUGUGGCUCUUAAUAUAUGUGCAAAUUCCGAAUGUGUUGACAUCAAUGUGACACCCGACAAAAGGCAAAUAAUGUUGCAGGAAGAGAAACUUCUAUUGGCGACUCUAAAGACUUCAAUGUUGGGAAUGUUUGGCAGUGAUGUUAACAAACUCAUCGUCAACCAUACAUUGCCAGAUACUAAAGGAAAUUUCACAGUGCUUCAAGAAGAGGCAGAAAGCCCUGCCUUGGAAACUUCACGUGGCUCUUCCUCUCAGAAUCUGAGCGCAAAAGAAAAAACAGCAAUCACUCUUGCCAAACUUAGGGAAUCAUUUUCUCUCCACCAGGUAAAAAAGGCCCGUUUUCAUGGUGUUGAAAAUGCCAGGCGUCAACAAAGUUCCUCUGGGCAGAAAGAACUUCCGGCAUUUUUUAGCAUUUUGGAUUCUCCAAAUAAGAAGACUGGCUCCAGCAAAGAGGCGGAGUGUGGAAGAGAGGAGGAUCCAAGUACAUUCAUGCUUUCGGGCAAAAAACUCAAGAAAUCGGCAGAAGAUAGAGAUUCUGGUUGUGGGAGCACCUCAGCAGAAUCGGAAGUGGGUUUAAGCACGCCAGAAAAUGGUAGCUGUUCCAGCUGUGAAAACGCAAUUGGCUCACCUCUUGAAGAUUUCCCUAUUUUCAGAGAAGUUCAAAGUGGCAGUCUUGAGACGAGGGGAGAUUUCUGGGGAGCUGAAUGCAAAUUGAACCAAAGCAAAGAGAGCCAAUUAUCCCAGCAGGCAGACAGUUCACCCCCCAAAAUGAAACGUUUUAAGAUGAGCCAGCCUCUUUCUCAGGUGGCCACUCCGUCAAAGAUGGAGAAUGACCGGGAUUCUUCAGUCCUAUCGCAGUAUGAUGUACCUGUAGAACUGGAGAAGAAAACCGUACCGUUGGAGUUUUCUCUGAGCACACUGAUGGGCAGAGUACAGAAGCUAAGCCAGGAACAGGAGAAGAAAGAAGCAGCGCUAAAAUUCAGAAAAUUCAGGGCAAAAAUUAGCCCAGGAGAAAAUAAAACAGCAGAAGACGAAUUAAGGAAAGAAAUAAGGAAAGAGAUGUUUGCUAAAAUGGACAUAAUCGGCCAGUUCAAUUUAGGGUUUAUAAUAGCCAAGCUGAACUCGGACCUCUUCAUCAUUGAUCAACAUGCUUCAGAUGAGAAGUACAACUUUGAGAUGUUGCAAGAGCACACCGUUCUGCAGGGGCAGAAGCUGAUCACGCCUCAGAAUCUUAACUUAACUGCUGUAAGCGAAAGCAUUUUAAUGGAAAACCUGGAAAUUUUCAGAAAAAAUGGAUUUGAUUUUGUUAUUGAUGAAGAUGCUCCUGCUACCCAAAGAGUUAAACUCAUCUCUUUACCUACAAGCAAAAACUGGACUUUUGGUCCACAAGAUAUAGAGGAGUUAAUCUUCAUGUUAAGCGACUGCCCUGGAGUGAUGUGCAGGCCUUCCAGAGUAAGACAGAUGUUCGCUUCUCGAGCAUGUAGAAAGUCUGUGAUGGUUGGAACAGCGCUUAAUGCAAAUGAGAUGAAGAAACUCGUCACCCACAUGGGUGAGAUUGAGCACCCUUGGAAUUGCCCACACGGAAGACCUACCAUAAGGCAUAUAGCCAAUCUAGAUCUGAUUUCACAAGAAUAACGAACCUUUAUGCACGUUCGUUAGGACAUUUUUAGCAUUUAUUCCAUUGGCGGAUGCUAUUGAGACCUCUUUUAUAGGAUUGUGAUUUAUCACGAAAGUCUUUUUCUCCCUUUGCAGCACAAAAGAUCAAGCUUACCAUGUUGUUCAAGAAAUAAACUACUAGAUGGGCAAAAUGUCUAUGCUGAUGCAACUGUGUGUGUAACUGAGGCUAUAGCUGCUCAUCUCUUGCAACUCCCACCAUGCCCCAAACCCCAUGAUCCUUGGAUCUCUGUAAGUGUUUUAUCACAACACUGGCAUAGAUCCACAGUGUCUCCCCUUAUCCCUGCGCAGGUGAACUGUCAUUAAGUCCUGCAACACCUUUUACUACCCUUUUAGAACAAAAAAGGCUGGAAAAUCAAGCCAGCACCUGUUUCUAUGGAUUAAGGCUUGGUUUGAGUUAUGUUGCUGCCUUUGGUCUACAUCAAACUACGUGUGAGGCAGGAAGAAAUUAGGUUUCUCUCUUCAGGGUUUCCCCCCCAUGGCAGUUCCUUUUCACCUGCCCUGUAGGUGAACAAAAAGCGAAGGAGCAGGCUGAGAUACUUUGUCCUGUGCACCAGACAAUUGUCUGAAAAUUAUGGGACGGUAGGAGGCAAUUUGUGGUGUUUCCCUUGGUGGUUAUCCAGAGUAGUUCAACGCCUAAUAAUCUUGAGAGCCCAAGAAACUGUAUUUUCUGCCCACUGGGUUGGGGCAGCUCUGCCCUGGUUGGUUAAUCUAUUACGGAAUGAUCUGCUGGUCAUUUAUAUUAGUGUAGCUUCACUGCUAAAAACAGUUUCCUUUUAUUAAAUAAAUUGUACAUAGAAAGGAUUUGUGUACAUACGUUCUUACUAUGGAUGGCCUUUUGUUUUUAUAGCAGAUAUAUAUUUAAAAUAUUUUUUUAAAAAAACACAAAUGAACGUUCUCCAGCUUUCUCAUUAAAUGAUUUUCCUAAAGAA